UCCUGAGCGCUGCUUUCAGCAUCUCAAACAGCGGCGAGUAUCGGACCGUCAACCAUCAACCCGGAGGAAUAUUGAAUAUUAUCUGUACGGAAAUGCGAGCCCAACUUAACUCAUAAGCAAGCUAAUGGCUUGGAUGCAAAUAUGACUUGAAAGCUGUCACAAUAUUGCUGAGUGGAAUCUGUGAGUGUUUGCAGACAGCAGAAGCGUUCAGCGUGUGUUCAGUGAAGAGACCGUUUCCCCUCUGCCGAUAAUGAAGAACCAUUUCCACAUGAGGAGGCAUUGACUCCGGCACAGCCCUGUCGCGCUCACAGCGCCCCCUCUCGGCCCGGGCGGCCCACCACGCCCCGGCAAUUAAGGGCUACCAGGUGAGUCGUAGUCUAUCACAACACUCUUCCGGGCCAUGCUACUGCAUGCCCGAGGACUGCGAUGCUUCACGGGACUACAUGCACCAUCCCGACCACUACCAGGGGCACAACGACCACCCCUACUACCCGCCUGGUGGGCCCCCUGAACCCCUGGCAAUGGUUCCAUCUGGUGGAGGCACUUUCCCCCGCUCACACCCCAGUCAACCACACCCACCCUACGACUCCACAUGUGAGGAGUGCCUAUCCUCGACAGGACAUGGCCAUGGGGGAAAGAUGCACCGCAUCCCACCCAGCCUCCUGGACCAGUUUGAGAAACAGAUUCCCUUCCACCCUGACGGCUUCCAUACUCUACAGUACAAACGCACAGCCAGUGGGGAGCAACGCAGCGAGAGUCCAAGUCGCAUACGCCAUCUGGUCAACUCGGUUCAACGUCUCUUCGCCAAGUCUCAUUCGCUGGAGACUCCAUCCAAACGAGAGUUCAAUGGCACUCGUGGGGGAGAAUAUAGAGAAAGGGGGCAGCGCAGCGGAGGGGAGGACGGUGGCGGGCACCAUUAUUCCGGAACGCACCAGUCUCGUUCUUCCCGGCGCAACAAGAGCCGGGAACGCAGCAAAAGCGGAGACUCCCGCCAUGAGUCACGAAGCUCCCGCCAUCGCAGCAAAACAGCCGGAUGGUGGAGCUCCGAUGAUAACCUGGACAGCGACAGCAGUUUUCUGGUGGGGGCGGGCAGAGGGGCACGGGGAUAUCCCACCGGACAUGAGACCCUGGAUGCGGCCAUCCAAGAGCUUACCUUAAGGAAAUCUAAGGGACCCCCUCCAGGAGAGUGCCUGGCUUGCACCAACAUAGCCAUGUCUGCAGGGGACAGCGGACACUCUCUGAAGAGAAGCACCUGGUCGGCCAUGACGGUCAACCAGGCGAGAGAGGUCUAUCCAUCUUCUCGUGGAGGUGGAGGAGGCGGGGGAGGAGCAUAUGACAAGGCAUUGGUUCCCCUGGACCCGAAAAUGAAGGAACGAUCACUCCACUAUCUACAGGUGCCCUCGGAUGACUGGGGUGGUGGCGGUCCAUCUGACAGUGGUGGAGAGAUUCCCUGCAGACGUAUGCGCAGUGGCAGCUACAUCAAGGCCAUGGGGGACGAUGACAGCGGCAACUCUGACAUCAGCCCCAAAGCCUCACCAAAAUCAGCCCUCAUCGCCCAGAGAGAAGCCUUCCGCCGUUCCAUCAGCAUGGACCAGCGCUCCUCCACCACAUCUAAGUAUUCCUGUAAACAGUGUACAGAUGGUUACCCGAACAGCCGCACCACACCUAAAGGCCACGCCCGAUCUCGCAGUUACACCCGCUCGCUGACCAGCUCUCAGCUGGGAGAUACUUUGAACCUGUUUGGAGAGAUGGAAUCACAGGCUGUCGAGGCUCUAGAUCUGCCCGGAUGCUUUCGAACCCGCAGUCACAGCUACGUGCGGGCCAUUCAAGCCGGCUGCUCCCAGGACGACGAUUGCCUUUCUGUCUUCUCAAUGUCUGGCCCACUGGGCAGCGUGAAGGGCGAGGCCGUGUUCCCAUACAGGAAAGGCCCACCUCCUCUGCCCCCACGUAUGUCCAAACCAAUGAUCUCUGUGACCGCCCAGAGCAGCACUGAAUCCACCCAGGACGCUUACUUUCAGAGCACAGGCCAGCCUGCUUUGGUUCGACCCAGGCAGCACAGCAACUCAGUGGACCUGACGGAGAGCACCGUUGGCCGUACUUCCAGGGGCGGGUACUAUUUGGGCGGGGGCUCGGCACGGGUCAGACAGAGCAGUAACUCUGCAGAGAGCCUGAAUGGCAGGGUGCUUCAGAACAUCAGCUAUCCUGGUGGGCCCAUUCCAUUGAAACCCAAACACAGCAGCUCGGCUGAUAACCUGCUGGAGGGACCCAGGGGAUCCAGAGAGCGCACUGGAGGCAGCCUGGGAAAAUCUGUCUCCCUGCCGCAAAACAGUAUGUCCCUGGCUAAAGCUUUAACUGGGGGAGAGGAGUUCAAACAGGAAGGGAGAGGGAGGAAGUGGAGACCCUCUAUCGCAGUACAGGUGGACAGCUCAGAGACAUUGUCAGAUUCAGACCCAGAAGGCAAAGUCCUGAGAGAGGUUCAUUCUAUUGGAGUACAAGUGGAAGAUGACAAGAGACGAGCCAGAUUCAAGCGCUCCAACAGUGUAACCGCAAGUGUCCAGGCUGACCUUGAAACUGAGGGUUUCGGUGUGCUCACUGUCCCCACUCAGGAUAAAGGACUGCAGUUCGGUUGCUCAUUUCAGCGCCACUCAUCCGAACCAGAGUCAGCCGGUCAGUUUGCAGAGUACCGCACGGUGCACACACAGGGCCAGUGGGCCUACCGUGAGGAUUACCACAGCGGUUACACCACCACUGAGUCUGGACCCCCAGAACUGAGGGCCCUGCCCCGCUCACACUCACCCCUGCCCCUGGCCCCCGACCGAGCAGUUGUAGGAUGGAACGAGGGCCCACGGAGUCUCCCCGAUUCGGGCCGAGCUUCCCCCUGCUUACGGGAUGGAGAGUUUUUCCUCCGUCUCCUGCAGACGGAGGUGGAAAGGAUGGAGGGAUGGUGCCAGAACAUGGAAAGAGAGGCAGAAACAAACGAGCUGCCAGAGGAAGUGCUGGAGCUCAUCAGAGGAGCUGUUGGCAGUGCACAGAUGCUCAUGUCCCAGAGAGUUCAACAGUUCUUCAGGAUGUGCCAACAGAGUGUGGAUCCCUCAUCGUACCCACAGCCCAUCACACAGGAUUUGGCCAGUUACUGGGACCUCCUGCAGUUGGCCAUUGAGGAUGUUAGGGUGAAGUUUCAGGACCUUCAGCGGCUGAAGGACUCGGGCUGGAGGUUGCUCCCUGAGAAGAAGGAGGACAAGAAAGUUCCACCUCCAUUACCAAAGAAACCGGCUGGUGGUGUGACGGGUAGCCUGCGGGCCGACAGUGCCUCCGAGGCUGUGGUUGGGGGCAGUGCAGGCAUGCUGGUGGUCUCACGAGGGCGUAGAGUGCCCGAACGGGAGAAAUCGUUGGACAUAGGAGACCGUCAGAAAUUGGAGACACGGCGCAGGUUGCUCCAGACCAAGCGCUCCGCCUCUUUUCGUCAGAAUUCUGCUACGGAGAGUGCAGACAGUAUCGAGAUCUACAUCACAGAGGCACAGACGAGACUAUGAGAUACACCUGGACAACCAGAGCAACUCUUCUCUGCCUCACACCUUUGCACAGACGUCAUAAAAGAGUGCAGGGUGCCAGAUUUCAAAUGGAAAGAUGAAGAUGACCUCCAAGUAUGCUGCUGGUACCUGACGUUUGCUUGUUUUGGGGAUAAGGUCUUUGGAUGUAACGUUGCACACUUUUUAUUUAUUCAUUGAUUUUGAGCAAGUGUUAAUAUUUUCCGAAAAAAAGGGCUCAUCCAGCACAACCAAGUGGUUAAAGAUAGAGACUUUUCUAAGUCCACAUAAUACACGAAAAUCUUUAGGACUGUUUAACACACUAACACACAUACGGGUGCAAUAUCAUUUAUUGAGAGGAUCUUAAAACUAUGGUAUUAUUUUAAAUAAUAGACCUUGUUUUGAUAUAUUUAGAAAACUCGUGACUGUGUACUGUACUUGUUUCCUAAUCGUUUCCACAGUGCGGCGAACGUCAAGUCAACGUCGCCCUUUCACUGUGACACGAGCCCACCCUUGUGGCCAGAGUAGAGUAAUGCAUCCUGAAAGCUCAGGCUAGAUCUGUAAAGUUGGAGGUCUGUUACUGAAUGUCAUAACAGUACGGUUGUAAAACUCUUGAAAGCAACGUUUUCAGUAUAGACGGUUUCAGCGACAACAACAUAAACAAACGUUAUGUCGCCGUAAUUUAACUUCCGGUAGACCUCCCCAAAGAAUACAAUACGGUUGAGUAGUUUUAAAAUUUUAAUUAAUACAAUGAAUAUACAAUAAAAUAUGAAUAUAAAUUAAUAUGAAUAUAAAUUAAAUAUAAAAAAAAAUAUGUUUCCAAACACACAGACCGGAAGUUAAGUGUGUCCGAUGAAACCUUUUUUUCAUUAGGGAUCCAUCUCCUGUAGCCUAUACUGCAAUAUCAAUUUACAAUUGCAAUUUUACAAAUGCAUUCAGGCUUCUUGACAACCCCGUGAAAAAACGGGCAAACCUCUAACAUUAUGAAAGAAAAAACAUUCAGUGAAGCUUUUUAAAACAGGACAGUCUUCAUCACAAGACUGUUCACAAGCAGCAAAACAGCAGGAUGGACCAGGGGGUGAAGAAGACAAUCUUAAAUUUCACACUUGACCUGUACACUGAAGAAUGCUCACUCAGAGAGAGGAGGGUACGCGUCUUGUUCAUUUCACCCCUCUGCCUUUUUUUGUAACAGAUGAAAACCAUUAUACGUGAAAUCAAUGUAGCUUCGGCACUUUGGAUGAGUGCUCUAAUUUCAGUCUCUUUUUUAAUCUUUGUUCUCAAUUUUAGUUGGAAGAAGGAUGAAAUUACUCAAACAAAAUCCCCUUUUCCAUUAUAUUUGUUUCCUUCCCUCUCACACAGGAGUUCAUAUACUUUAUAUGUGUAUUGUGAUAAAUAGCCUAUUUACACCAAAAGAAAAUUAAUUUGUUGAAUAUUACUAAAACAGUGUUUGUUUUUGUGUGGAGAUUUGUAUGUGCUCAUGAUAGAACAGAAACAUUCAUGGACAUACAACGUAAGCGAAUUAAAUAUUUGUUUGUGUGCCAAUUGGGGAUUUUACAACCGUGGAAACAAGAUUGAUCAGAUUUCUUUUGGUAUGUCAAACCAUGGAAGAUGGGGAAUAUUUUAUUGGGAUAUGUAUAUUUUAUAAAGUACAUUUUUAGAUUAGAAAUAGUCUAAAGUGGUGUUAAAUAUAAUAAUAUUAUAAAAGAGUCUUUAGAAAGAGAGAGAUUUAUAGCUCUGUGGACUUAUGUGUUGUAGUUGGACUUAUCAGAGUAUAAAAAGACUUUGGGUAGAAUUGUGAGCUUGUUGAAAUAGACUGGAUGAUAUUUUAAAACAAGAGCUAGUUGACUACUUGCCAUGUUGUCCACGGGCAAAAAAUAUAUAAUCUCUUUUCUAUAUCUUGAUUAUCUACAUGUGCCUAACAUGAGCACUAUGUGUGGCUUUUUUCAAAACUAUUCAGUAUUAUAUUCAAUAUGACUCGCACACAAUAUGUGUUGUUCUAAUAAUAUAAUUUGUUCCACCUCAUCCAGCUAAUAACCACCUCACACUGGAUGUUUCUAUGUAACCUGCAUGCUGUUAUUAAUCCAUAUAAAAAGAACAAACUCUCAAAACUGUAGAUUCUUAUCCCGUGUCUAGAAAGAGGACAGGUGUAAUUAUCUAUAAUAUUUAUUUAGAAUGACUACACCCACAUUUCUGUAUCACACUGGUUUUUCUAAAGACACGACAGUCAACUAUUCAGCCUGUCAUUCAUAUGUAUGCAGUAAAUAUAUGUUACUGUACCUCUCACAUCUCACUUUCUUUGUAUUUCUUUUUUGUCUAUCCAUAGCUUUUUCUGAACCCUCUUUGUAGAGCCAGGUGCUUUUGAAGCUUCAAAACAGUUGUAUUUAUGCUCAAAUGUCACAUUUUGUAGAUGCUCUAUAAGUCUAUAAAGACAGAAAAGCACAACAGACGAUUUCUUCCACUGUGAAGGACGCCUGCUUCUCAAAACACUUACAGACUGUCUGUGAUGUGAAGUUGGAAUUUCUAGGUUGAUCUUUUAUCAGGGCCAUAUGUUUUUGAUACACCAACAGGACAUUUCAAGACUGAACAUUUUCCCCCUUUUUUUAAGUUUUUUGAUGGGUGAGUUGUUUACCUUUUCAGGCACCUGCUGAUACAGGAAUCAACAUUACACUAUGAAGGACUACUGAGACAUUUUAACCCACAUGUUUUUCAGUGGAUGGAAUUCUUGGAAGUAUUGAACCCCAUGUCAACACAUGACCCAGGUAUGUGGAUUGUCAACAGUCUCUAUAGAUAAGUAUGGAUGGCUUAAACUCUGCCUCGGCGCCAUAAAAAUAACAAGUUUGAUAUACGUUGGCGAACAUGAUGUGUAGCCUUUAUACAAUAAUAUGCCGCAACCAGAUUUAACUAGAAUAAGUGAUGAAUAAUGAUCUUAGUUGCACAGAGGGCUUGUAGCUGUGUGUGUUAUUGGGGCACUGUGAUGUAGACCUUACAUUGGAUUCUAAACUCCCGCGUAACAGAUCACUAUUACAUGGGUCAUAGACUUACAAACAAUUACUGUGUAAUUACAAAUACCUUCUCACAUUCUGUCUUUUAUGUACAGUAAAUAUAUCUGUUGCGAUUUAAGUUAUUAAUAGCCUAUUAAUAUUCCAUGGAUUGUUAUGAUUGCUAGUAUUAUUAUUGAUUUCAGAAACAGUGAGAAAAUGUUAUUGCGAUUAUCAUGAGAAAAUCUAAUCUGUAUUCUCAAGGGUGUUAAUAAUGUAUAAAAGUCACCCUGUUUAGAUUCUAUUCUUAUGUUUGUAAUUGCUGCUAAUGUAGAAAAUAGACCGGAGGAUGACGGGACGUUUCUAAAAAGAGCCACUAAUGUUUAGCAGUUGCCAGAAAACAAAAUGAACAUGUAGAGUUGUAACUGAGCCUACUUCCCCUCUUUUAAUGUUAAAGAGAAUAUAUAUAUAAAUGUGGGCAGUUUGUGGUGGAGCAAACAUUUUUUCCUACAUGAGUUGCUCAUUCAGAACAUGAAAUCAUUGUGGAAAUAUUAUUUGCUAUUGUUGUCAAGGUUGUAAUUGUUCUUUGCCUGUUUUUGUAAUCACAUAUUUGUUUGAUACAGUGCCUAGGUUAAAUAUUAAUUUUGUAUCUAUGCUUUUUACAUUGUUUAUUUUACCAAGCAGAGCUAACUGCAAUAGCUUACAGCAACUUCACCCUUCUUGGUAUUUUAUUUCUAGAUUUGAAAUAAAUCAAACUUUUACUGAAUUUUUUGAAACAAAGGCUGGAGGCCACAUGUGAUACAUUGAUCAAAUGUUUAGUCUAUAGUUUGUUUUUGUUUCUUGCCACUGUACAGCUCAAUGUCUGCUAGCAUUACAUCAGAGAGAUGGCACACUGUGAUGUGGUAAAAACUAAACACAGAAUGUAAUAUUGUCAACAGUUGUAAACAUUUUCUAUAAACGAUUAUAAAGCUAUUUUAGCAAGGUAAAAUAAUUGCGGUUUACGUAGUAUUUUAUUUUUUGUCAAUAUUCAAAGCAACGGUACCUUAACUUCAUAAAAUUGCUAAAAUAAUGAAUCAGUUUUUCAUAUUUUUGGAAAAU